AUGGACAUAGUUGGAAAGAACUGGGAUCUUACUGCUGCUCUCAGCGAUUAUGAACAACUGCGUCAGGUGCACACUGCUAACCUUCCUCAGGUGUUUAAUGAAGGACGAUAUUAUAAAGAGCAAGAAAAAGAAACUCCACCUCCAGUAAAGAAGAGUGAUCGAACAAAUCUUCAGAGACUGGAUGAUAGUGCCCAAGAAAAGCGCCUCUCAAGGGGAAUCUCUCAUGCCAGUUCAGCAAUUGUUUCUCUAGCAAGAUCUCAUGUGGCGAAUGAAUGUAACAACGAGCAGUUUCCACUGGAGAUGCCGAUUUAUACAUUCCAGUUACCGGACCUCAGUGUAUAUAGUGAAGAUUUUAAGAGCUUCAUUGAAAGGGACUUAAUUGAGCAAUCAACAAUGAUCGCAUUGGAGCAGGCAGGUCGUCUGAACUGGUGGUCUACAGUAUGUACAAGCUGUAAGCGACUGUUGCCAUUGGCUACAACAGGGGAUGGAAAUUGUCUCUUACACGCUGCUUCAUUAGGAAUGUGGGGUUUCCAUGACAGAGACCUUUUUCUACGUAAAGCUCUCUACAGUAUGAUGAAAAGUGGAUCUGAAAGGGAAGCACUCAAGCGAAGGUGGAGAUGGCAACAGACACAACAGAACAAAGAGUCUGGUCUGGUUUACACCGAAGAGGAGUGGGAACGAGAAUGGAACGAUCUGCUUAAACUGGCGUCGAGUCAGCCUCGAAGUCAGUUCAGCAAAAGUGGCGGGACCAGUGGUGGAGUGGACAAUUCUGAAGAUCCAGUGUAUGAGAGCUUAGAAGAAUUUCAUGUGUUUGUAUUGGCGCAUGUGUUACGAAGGCCCAUCGUGGUGGUAGCAGACACAAUGUUGAGAGACUCAGGAGGUGAAGCAUUUGCACCAAUUCCAUUUGGAGGCAUUUAUUUACCUCUGGAGGUAUCUCCUAGCAAAUGUCACUGCUCACCACUGGUAUUGGCUUACGAUCAGGCUCACUUCUCUGCUCUUGUAUCAAUGGAGCAAAAGGAUCAGCAGAGGGAACAAGCUGUAAUUCCACUGACUGAUUCUGAACAUAAGCUGCUGCCUUUGCACUUUGCGAUGGACCCAGGAAAGGACUGGAUAUGGGGAAAGGACGACCAUGACAACGCCAAGCUAGCUAACCUGGUGCUGUCUCUGGAGGCAAAACUCAACCUUCUCCACAUCUACAUGAAUGUAACCUGGAUCCGUAUACCAUCUGAAACAAGGGCUCCAUUGGCACAGCCUGAAUCGCCAACAGCUUCAGCAGGAGAAGACGUUCAGUCAUUGGCCGACUCCUUAGAUUCUGACAGAGACUCCGUAUGCAGUAACUCAAAUGUCAACAACUGUAAAAAUGGUAAGGAAAAGGAGAAGGAAAAGCAGAAGAAAGAAAAGGAGAAAAACCGAACUGACACUGUCGCAAACAAACUGGGGAGCCUCAGCAAAACCCUUGGAAUCAAACUGAAGAAAAACAUGGGUGGGCUUGGUGGCUUAGUGCAUGGGAAGAUGAACAGAACAAACUCUGGUAAUGGAAAGAAUGGGGAACCCACAGAGAAAGUAAAAAAGAAAGAGUCAAAGUCUCGCAAAGGGAGCAAAGAGGAGUCUGGGCAAUCUGCAAGCUCUUCACCAUCAGAAAAAGCAAUGAGUCCAUCCCCUACAGACAAAGCUGGAAUGUCCCCCACUGAGAAAUGCACUUCAAAAUCACCUUCUGACAAGCAGUCUGACCCUUGGAAAUACAGCACUGAUGUUAAACUUAGUCUCAAUAUCUUACGAGCUGCUAUGCAAGGAGAACGCAAGUUUAUCUUUGCUGGCCUUCUCCUGACGAGCCAUAGGCACCAGUUUCAUGAGGAAAUGAUCAGUUACUAUUUGACAAAUGCCCAGGAACGCUUUAAUGCAGAACAAGAACAGAAAAGAAAGGAGGCUGAAAAGAAAGCCAUCAGCAGUUCAGCUAACAAGAAGCUGGACCAAGAGCCAUAUCGAAAAGAAAACCAAGAACUUCCCUCUCAGGACAGGGCAUCACCACUCUUACCUCACAGCCAUACAAACCAGCUGGUUUUAAAAUUACAGGAACACAACAGUCCUACCCUAGGAUUACAUUCUUCACCAAGUAAUGGUGCCAAAAAGUCUGGACCUAUUCCUGUAUCUGCACACUAUAGCCAUACACCACCAAUUCAAAGGCAGAGUGUCAUUCAUUUACGUGAUGUGAACACACAGUCAUCAAGCUUCCAGGACGAUACCUACAAACCUGUUGUUGGGACACUGAAAACAUGUGCUACAUAUCCACAACAAAACUGGUCUCUCUCUUCUCAGAAUUAUAGCCCUGCCCACAUAUCUGGAAUUCGCACAGUGAACACUGUAGAGUCACUGUCAUAUUCUGUGCCUGCAGACCACAAGUCUCACACAUACACCAAUGGGUUCAACACAAAUGAUAUUAGAGACUGCUUAGAAUUUGCUGAUGAGGACACACCACCACAGGUCUGGUUGAACAGUGAGAAAACAAGAGGCAGAAGCAAAGGGACUCCUAUGUAUUCUGCUCACCAUAAUCGGUGUAAAAAGGAGAACUGCUCCUUUUAUGGCCGCCCUGAAACAGAAAAUUUCUGUUCUUAUUGUUAUAAAGAAGACAUGAAGAGCAGAGAGAGAGAUGCAAAGGUUCAUAGGCACUGAAACAGAUCUCUCCAGCACUUUUAAAUUAGUCCUAUUCAUAAUUAAUGGAUGAAAAUAUUUACAUUUACUAGAUGUUUCUGAUUCCUUAGAAUGACCAGAAAUACAUAUCUUACUGCACUUCUGAACUGUCAUCGGAAUAAAAUAAUGCAUAACUUAUAUGAAUUUAUCUGUAUUUUAUUUUUUGUUUUUCGUAAUUAAUUCAGAUCUGUUCACAUGGUGAGCUGAAAAGUUACUUACAGUCUAAACUAGAGUAGCAAAAGGAGAUUCAAGUCGGAAGGGGAGGAAGUGGAGAAAUUUUAGAGGUGUUCACCUGCUUCCAGGAAUACCAUCACAUUUACUUUCAUGAAGUUAAACCAAAUUAGGUUGGUUUAACUUUUUUUUGUACAAGUAUUAAAUAUUUUAACGACAAAUUUGGGUAAUGGAAAAGACCUUACAGCACUGGUAGCUCUAAUGAGUUAGAAAUUAAAAAUGGCCAUCCAGAACCACACUCAGGAAUGAAAUGGCUGUCUAAAACAGAAUUAGAGGUGCUAUUUUGAGACUAGAUACUCCCACCUACUACUAUUAAAUAUCUGUAUACUGAAAUACUGAUUAAGUUAUCAUUUCUGAAGCACUGCCUUAGAAGUCAGUUGCAUUCUGACAGUUUGUCACCUUGUUAAAAUUAUUUUUACUUAAUAAAAGUAAUACCUGUAUAAAAGCCAGUAGCAUGAUAAAAACAUUUAUGUGAAUGCCUAAUUUCAUUUUUACAGAAAGUGGAUUAUUGCAUACAUGUAUUUUGGUGCCAGAGUAUUGUGGUUGCUGUGAUUAGCUUGCCUUAAAGUAAGCAAUAAUCUACUCAUAGGUGAAGUAUGACAAACGUUUUACACUCUUUCAGUCUAUUAUGAGUGCCUUAUGUUUGCCAGAUAUGAAAGACACACACACACACACACACACACACACACACACACACACACACACACACACACACACACACACUCAUACAUAAAGACUGUAGAAGCAUAUUACUUGUGAAAAAGCAGUGAUUAAAAUGGGAAGAUAAAGAAAACAGGGCUAUGAAAAAAAAAAUCCAGAAGUGCAGUCAAAUAAAAUUUCUUUCAAGCAUGUUUAUUUUAAAUGAUUGUAGGAGCUACAUCAGGGCAAAAAGUGUGCAGGUCUCAUUUUCAAAGGUCAGUAGCUGAACAAGUGUAGAGUUCCAAAGCAUUUGGUCUGUAAUAUAUUAAUAAAGGCCCAGUGUAUUAUAAAUGAAUAGGCACCACACCUCUCACAGGGUCAUUAUAGGAGUCAGAUGAGAUUGAACAGCAGUGAUUGCAUGGGUGAGUCUCCAGCUGUUUAUCUGAUUCCUGAUGACUACAAGAGGUGCUAAAGACAAAAGUUCAUUUGCAGGAACAGUUGAAAACUUACUGGAAUAAAGGAUGAUGUUGUACAUUCAGGAUUUAAAACAGAUGCAAAAUGCAUUUGAAAUAUAUACUCUAGUUGUCAAGUAAAAUAUCCAGUUAAGUCUCUACCACAGUUAGAAUCAGAAAACGACCUUAUUAAUAAAUUACUAGUGCUCUGUAUGAUUACAGGAAAAGGUUUACAUUAUGUGUAUUAUACAAUCAAUAUCUGAAAACGAUAUAUGACUUUAAUGAGAGGGUGACCUAAAUAUCAGCAGCCAAUAAGGACUAUCUGGCUUAGUAAGUUUACCCAAUUCUCCACACUGCAUAUUUUAGUUAGCCAGUGGCCCCUUUUUCCUGCCACUUAGUUAGACACUGGUCCCUUUUUUCCUGCCUCUUAGUUAGCCACUGGUUCCCUUUUUUCUGCCUAACUGCCCUAAGAAAGACUUUGUAAAUGUUCAAAACAGUGUAAGAAACUUCUCUGUGUGGAAGAUAUUCAGUCCAUAUAUUUCUAGUUAA